AUGCAAAGUAAAGAAGUGGUAGAAAAGUGUGAUAUUGCUUUUGCCAAGUGGUUUAUUGAUGCAUCUAUUCCUUUUAAUGUUGCAAACUCACCUUAUUUUCAACCUGCAGUUGAUGCUCUUUGCUACAUGGGUGCUGGAUAUAAAGUUCCUACUAUGCCUGCUCUUCGUGGUAAUUUGUUAAAUAAACACAUUGUUAAGCUUUUCAAGGAAGUAGUGUUGUAUGUUGGCCAGGAAAAUGUUGUUCAAAUCGUUACAAAUAAUGCUGCAAAUUAUGUUGUUGUUGGAAAGUUGUUGGAAAGGGAGUUUCCUAAGUUGUUUUGGUCUCCUUGUGCAACACACUGUAUUAAUUUGAUGUUGCAAGACAUGGGGAAAUUAGAGGAAGUAAGUGAGGCAGUGUCACAUGCUUCAAAAAUUACUAAAUACAUAUAUAAUCAUUGUUUUACAUUGUAUUUGAUGAGACAACAUACAAGUGGAAGAGAAAUACUUCAUCCUGCUCCAACCCGCUUUGCUACUAAUUUCAUUGCAUUGCAAAGUAUUUUGUAUCAUAAAGAUGCACUAAGAGCCAUGGUAACAUCCAAAGAGUGGACAACCACAAUUUAUUCCAAAUAUGUCAAGGUAAAGCAAUUUUUGGAACAAGUCUUAGACUCAAGCUUUUGGUCUAAAUGUGCUGACAUAGUGAAAAUUACAGAACCUCUUGUACGUGUGUUGCGUAUUAUUGAUAGUGAAGAUAAACCGGCUAUGGGAUAUCUCUACCGAGCUAUGUAUAAAGCAGGAGAGGAGAUUGAGAAGAGGUUUAGAAGAAAUAAGUUGAAAGUAGAGCCUUAUUUGAAGAUCUUGGAUAACCGUUGGGAUGCACAACUUUACAAAAAUCUUCAUGCGGCUGGUUAA